UGCAUUUUCUUCCUCAUUAAUGGUAUAAAAAGUACUCUAUAUUGUGAUAAAAAUCGGUAUCGAACGAUUUGAAAAAAAAAAAAUAUUGUGAUAAUAUUUUUGGCCAUAUUGCCCAGCCUUAGGUGCAAGAGUGUGUACUUAACAUCAUGAGGAAAUGAACUACAAUACCAUUGAAGCAUUGCAAAUGAUGUAAUAGAAUUACAAAUGAUGAAAAAUAUAUAAAACUACUGAUUUAAUCUUGAUUAUAAAUAUAGAGACAAAAUCCAUUAACAUUGCAUCAUGGAAGUGGGCAGUGACUUUUGAGCUCUUUUGUCGCACUUUGUUGGCCGCGAUUCUCUGAUUGGUGGGUCGUUUCCCUUCAGGAUCAAGGGUAGCGUAGUUUUUCGGGAAUUCCAAUACACAAUUAAAAAAAAAAUGUAGAUUAAAUAAUUAGGGUUGCCCCCUACCAAAGAUUUUCCUAGUCGACUAGUAGUCGUUAGUUUAAGCCAUUAGUCGACUAGUCGUCGCACGUUUAUGAUAUUAAUUUAAUUACUUAAAUAUAUAUAUUUUGGGGGGCAUCAGAAAAUGGUUUGAGUUCCAGGGCUGAGAAAGAAUGUUAUAAGUAACAUCGCUAACACUGUUCUACAUUACAGAGAAAUACUAAACCGUAAUAAUGAGCCUUUAAAAUAUACAUUUUACAAGCGCAUGCAUGAAGCAAGCCGCAGCAACACUGGCAAAAGCGGUAAUGAUUCUGAAUGUGUUGGAAAAACCAGCAAGGAGACUGUCUGAACAUUUUGGUAAUUUAUAGAGAGAAAUGCACAUUAGGGUUGUGCUGACAGAUGAAGAUCUCGGGGAUCGACGAUGGUCAGGGUGAUCGCCAAUAGCUGAUGACCAUCUCGACGAUAUUUGGCUCGUUUUCCCAUUAAUGUAUUAAAUUAUUAUUAUUAUUUGGCUAUUAAUAUUACAAAUAAUUUGCCUGUAGACACACAUACACGUGCUAGAAAAAACACACUUUAUUAUAUUAUUAAGAACAGAUGACAGAAAAGCCAUCUAUGUGCAUGUAUGGCACGGUGUUUGUACGGAGGCGUGCAGUCUCGUGGAACACACGUAUGUAAAAGGUUCUCACUCUUUCUUUGUUUCUGUCUUCUGAUUUUUUUUCUUGCAAGAACAGUAUCAUCUAGGAGUGCUGCAAAUGACCUCAGACAUCUCGGCACAGGAGGUGUUUUGAGUUCAGUUCACUUUAUUUCCACAGAGCAGUUCAUUGUGACCCCAACUCUGCAGCCUAUACAUCUGUGAUUAAAACAUAAAAUACAAAAACACGUUCACCUCGAACCAUGAUUUAUUAUUCAGUGAUUAUUAUUUUUACAUUUAUAAUUGUUUUUAUGUCUUCAUUUGUGUAAGUACUUUUCCGCCUGCAUGUUAAGACGGAUUCUUCAGGGUUUCCGUGGGUCCUUAAAAAGUCUUAAAUUUACUUUUUAAAAUUUAAGGCCAUAAAAAGUCUUAAAUAAAUUACAAGAAGUCUCAGUUUGCUGAGGUCUUAAAUUUUGCGGCGUGAAUUCUGCUUGAAACAGCAGAAUCUGCAUGAGUCAAAAUCAUCUCUCACUCUCUCGUGCAUCCGUCAUUGAGUUUAGUGUGAGCGCGCGCAGGGAAGCGCAUUUUUACUGAACUUACGAUGUUACACAUGUAUAAACCUUCAUAAACCCAUUAAUCAGAAAUGCAAAUGCCGUUAUUUUGCGUCUCUGUAAGUGAGCGAUUCGCCAAUACUGUCGCUUCUGCUUAUAAUCGACAAAGCUGUCAACGUGACAAUUUGCAAGCGCACGAGGUUGGAGCGUCUUUUGACGCCUUUCAGAUCUUUGCGCUUCCUUAUUUCACAUUACCUUUGACAAUAAUUGCAAAGCUAACAGAACUACUCAGCUGCAGAGUUAAACCUGUUAUAUCUCUCAUCUCCACCUCUCUCGAGCUCCAUCUGACAUAUACAGGUAUUUUCUCUGCCAUCUCAAUCAGUCAAUUUAAAAAAAAUUGUAAUAAUAUACAAAACAAUAAUAAUAUAAUUAUAUAAAAUUAUAAUAUUAAUAAUAUAUAUAUGAAAAUAUAUUAUCUAUAUUUAAUAUUUAGUAUACAAUCUGUUACAUCAUAACUAAUUAUGCAGCACAGAACAUUUUCAAUACAUAUUGUCAACUUUAAACAGCCAUUUUUAAGGUAACUGACGAGUUUUGACUUUUACUUGAGAUAUUUCACACAAAAAUUAACAUUGUCAUCACUUACCUUCAUGCUGUUGCAAACCUAUAUAACUUUAUUAUUUCAGUGGAUAUCAAAAGGAGAUAUUAGGGAGUUUCAGUCACCAUUCACUUACAUUGAAUGAAAAACAAGAUGCAGUGACAGUGAAUGAGACUAAACGUUUUGCUUAACAUCUCCUUUUUUGUUCCACGGCAGAGAAAAUUCAUAUAGACUCAAGGGUGACCAGUGAUGACAGAAAUUUCAUUUUUAAAUGAACUGCCCUUCAACUACCUGUUAAAGUAUUUGGUCAAGGUAUCUGCCAAGAAAAAAAUAUAUAAAUGUUAUUCAGCACAUGCUAGACCAUAUUCACAGCAGCAGCAUAUACAUUUUUUGAUGAGAAUGACAACGAGGCUGUGAGGGAUAGACGUUCAGUCUCUUCAACAGGCUGUACUGCAGUUUAAAGUGUUUUUGGAUCGUUCCGCAGACAAAACAUUGGAAAAAUCUCAGGACACUCAGUAGACAAAAAACUCCAGACAACAUGAGUUGUGGAAAAUCAAAUGGGAUAUUGGAGCUUUUUACAGAUUUAUACUGUGCAUGCCAUUGAAGAGAUGGUAAGUCUAUCCCUCACAGCUUCAUUUCCAUUUCCAUUAAACAUGGCGCUACUAUGAAUAAGGUCUAUAGACCAAUCCUCUUGUUUACAAAAAUGUCAGCGCAUGCGCAGUAAGUGGUGGCAGAAAGCCCACUGACUGUUGUGUUAGAUUUGACAGAUUAGAUGAUUAAACGAAAGUAUGACACAAAACCAUCAUAAAAACAAACAUAUUCUUAGCGAUAAAAGUACUAUAAUAAAAUGAGUUCAUAAAUAACAUGUAAUUAUUUUCGCUAUAAAUUUUUGCUGCAAAGUUGUGAGUUGAAAUUAUCUCAGUCCAGUCAGCUCUGUUGAUGGCUUGAAGCCACAGCAGUCAAUGAGAGCCCUCAGAAUCAUUUUUCAACAACGUAAUCCGAUAAAAGUUAAUUUUCUGCGUAUGGUUUUUGCCACCACUUCCGUGUUUGACAUAAGCGGUGACAUUGCCAAAGCACUGGUCUAUUGCGUCACGUCUUGCUGGACAGCAAGUGACUAAAGAGAAGGGUCACAAUAUAGGUUACAUACUUUAGGCUACGUGUAUUCUUAAUGAAUUCAUUUAGAGUUUUAAUGUUGAAUUAACUUAUUUAAAAAAAGAAAACACAAAUGCACAAUAAGAUAUAAAAAACAUGUCCAGAGACAUCCAAGUAGUCUCAGUGGUUUUGUAUUUACCAGCUAAAGAAUUAUUUAAUUAUUAUUAUUAUUAUUAUUAUUAUUAUUGCAAAAGUAGUCUUAAAUUUUUCUUUUAUUUUACCUUAAAAUUUCAUUCCUUCGAACCUGCAGAAACCCUGUUCUUGCCUGACGGUAAAUGGAAAGGUGUGUGAUAUAUAUAUAUAUAUAUAUAUAUAACCUGAUUGGAGUCCACCUGUGGUCAAUUCAGUUGAUUGGACAUGAUUUGGAAAGGCACACACCUGUAUAUAUAAGGUCCCACAGUUAACAGCGCAUGUCAGAGCACAAACCAAGCCAUGAAGUCCAAGGAAUUGUCUGUAGACCUCCGAGACAGGAUUGUAUCGAGGCACAGAUCUGGGGAAGGGUACAAAAAAAUUUCUGCAGCAAUGUACAGAGACAUCCUUGAUGAAAACCUGCUCCAGAGUGCUCUGGACCUCAGACUGGGGCGAAGGUUCAUCUUCCAACAGGACAAUGACCCUAAGCACACUGCCAAGAUAACAAAGGAGUGCCUACGGGACAACUCUGUGAAUGUCCUUGAGUGGCCCAGCCAAAGCCCAGACUUGAACCAGAUUGAACAUCUCUGGAGAGAUCUGAAAAUGGCUGUGCACCGACGCUCCCCAUCCAACCUGAUGGAGCUUGAGAGGUCCUGCAAAGAAGAAUGGGAGAAACUGCCCAAAAAUAGGCUAAAGAGAUCCUCACUAAAGAGUCUAAUGUUCAGGAGGUGCGCUGUCCUGUCACAGUGUGCGGAGAUGUGCACGGCCAAUUUCAUGACCUCAUGGAGCUCUUCAGAAUUGGUGGGAAGUCACCAGACACCAACUAUCUGUUCAUGGGCGACUAUGUAGACAGAGGCUAUUACUCAGUGGAGACAGUCUCACUGCUUGUUGCCCUAAAGGUUCGAUAUCCAGAACGCAUCACAAUAUUGCGGGGAAACCACGAGAGCAGACAGAUCACACAGGUGUACGGUUUCUAUGACGAGUGCUUGAGGAAAUACGGCAAUGCAAAUGUCUGGAAAUACUUUACAGAUCUCUUUGACUAUCUUCCCCUUACGGCAUUAGUUGAUGGACAGAUAUUCUGUCUGCAUGGUGGUCUCUCUCCAUCUAUUGACACGCUGGAUCACAUUCGUGCUCUGGAUCGCCUGCAGGAGGUCCCACAUGAGGUCAGAACAGCCAAAAGUCACAUCCAAACUUCUGCCAUCAUGCACUGCUUUGUAGUCAGAUCACAUCAAAAUACACUGAUCAGCCACAACAUUAAAACCACUGAAAGGGGCCGAUGUGUGAUCUAUUGUGGUCAGAUCCUGAUGAUCGUGGUGGUUGGGGAAUCUCUCCUCGAGGUGCUGGAUACACCUUUGGACAAGACAUCUCUGAAACCUUCAAUCACGCUAAUGGCCUCACGCUGGUGUCACGCGCUCAUCAGCUCGUCAUGGAGGGAUACAACUGGUGUCAUGAUAGGAAUGUCGUCACAAUCUUCAGUGCGCCAAACUACUGCUAUCGCUGUGGCAACCAGGCUGCCAUUAUGGAACUCGAUGAUACUCUUAAAUAUUCAUUCCUUCAGUUUGAUCCAGCCCCUCGACGCGGAGAGCCCCAUGUCACCCGCCGCACACCCGACUACUUCCUGUAAAUGAGCACUGGCCUGCCCUGAAACACCUCUACAGUUUACAACAAAUCCAAACAUGUAUACAUCUAUUCAUCAAGUGUGUGUAUAUAAUGGGGGAUGUGACACGAAAACACUAACACGGACCAAAUGUGCCAUACAAGCAUUUAAUGCAUAAAUCCAAUCGCUCUGUCUCAGUAAUGCUACAAAGUGUCUCGUUUUAGCCUAUAGUGCAAUUGCCUGCUGUACACGAUGAAUAGAAAUGUUCCAUUCGUUCUUGAAUUGUAAGUUACUCUGAGUAUAAAAACCAACAUAAGUGAUGACUAUCUCUCUCACAGAAAUACGUACUUUAAGUUGGCAGUGCCUGGCAUGUCUAAUACAGUAACAUUUUAUACAAGUGCACAAGCUUAAACUCUUUCCUGUCUCUUCACCAAUAAACAAACAAACAAAAUAAUCCUAUAGGAAAGGUAUGUUAAAGUGAAGAAGACUCUUUCGUCGUGGGAGUGAACACACCUGAGUGUGUAUGUGGACUGUAUCUGACUGUAUUAGACUCUUGUCUAAUCUAAACGUUUACUGUCUUUUGUGUAUUUGUUAAUAAGUGAUAGCCUCUUCUUUGGUGGAUUUGAACUAAUAAAGUACUUUUAAUCACAAGCUACUCCAAAA